CCCCCUACCAGACCAUGACUCCUUUCUUCAUUUUGUGUCUCUCCGUGACACUAUUCUUAUGUCAGUCCUUGGUUGGAGCCAUUAACAACGGCUAUUACGGGUAUAACCCGGUGGCCAGCUACCUACCCGAGAAACCUCAGAACAUCAUGAAUCCGGUGGACUCGUGUUGGCGGCUCAAGUCUGACUGGACGGCCAAUCGCAAAGAUUUAGCCGAUUGUGCCGUUGGAUUUGGUUCAUCAGCCUUGGGCGGCAAGAAAGGUAGUAUAUAUGUUGUCACCAACCCUAAUGAUAAUGCAGCGAACCCUCAACCCGGUUCUCUGCGAUACGGUGUGAUCCAAGACAAGCCGCUGUGGAUCACUUUCGCUAAGGAUAUGGUCUUAACCUUAGAGAACGAGCUCAUGGUCAAUAGCUACAAGACCAUCGAUGGGAGAGGGGCAAAAGUGGAAAUUGCGUACGGACCUUGUAUUACGAUACAAGAAGUGACGAACGUAAUUGUGCACGGUAUCAGGAUCCACGACUGCAAACCGGGCAAGUACGGAAUGGUGAGGAGUAGCACAACGCACGUAGGUCACCGGAAAGGAUCGGACGGUGAUGCGAUCGCGAUUUCCGGUUCGUCUAAUAUUUGGAUCGACCAUUGUUACCUAGCGAGCUGUACUGACGGUCUCAUCGAUGUGAUCCAUGCUUCCACGGGAAUCACCAUUUCCAACAACUAUUUUACUCAGCAUGAUAAAGUGAUGUUGCUUGGACACAACGAUGAUUUCGUGCAAGAUGUGAAAAUGAAAGUGACCGUUGCAUUCAAUCAUUUUGGACCAGGACUUGUGGAGAGAAUGCCAAGGGUACGACGAGGGUACGCUCACGUGGCAAACAAUAGAUACGAUAAAUGGAUAAUGUAUGCAAUUGGUGGUAGCGCCGAUCCAACCAUUUUCAGUGAAGGCAACUAUUUCAUUGCUUCUGAUAAUUCUAACAGCAAAGAGGUGACAAAGAGAGAAGUUAAAGGAGGGUGGAACAAUUGGAGAUGGAGAACUUCAAAAGACGUUUUCAAGAACGGCGCUUACUUCGUUCCUUCUGGUUACGGCAGCGUUGCGCUUCCAUAUAGUUCUGCUCAGCGAUUCCCAGUCGCUCCAGGGAACUUGGUUCCUUCUCUAACCGCAGACGCUGGCCCUCUUAACUGCUACCGCAACCGCCCAUGUUAUUAGUAUUGAAGAGCUAAGCGUAAAUGCAAUGGAAAAUGUCACAUGUGUGUAUGGAAAAUGUCACAUGUGUGUGUAUACAUACUCUUUUCGAUGUAUCUUAUUUUUGGUAUAUCCCGUUAUUAUCUUAGUUUAUAUACCGUUUAA